CAGCAAGAAGGCCAGAGUCAGCAGACCGUAAAGAGCGAGUUGGGGUGUAGGGGACAAGCAUGUUGCAGAGAUAGGAGGGUGCAAGGUUAUUUAAGGAUCUAAAUGCAAGGAGGAGAAUUUUGAAUUUAAUCCGGUAUGCAACCGGGAGCCAAUGAAGAUCAUACAAGAUUGGGGUUAUGUGAGCCGAACGUUUGGUAUGAGUGAGUAUUCUAGCUGCAGAGUUUUGAAUAUACUGUAAUCUGGAGAUGAGGCUGGCAGGCAGGCCAAUGAAAAGAGCAUUACAGUAGUCGAUGCGUGAGGAGACAAAUGCAUGGAUGACAGUCUCAGCCUCCUUGCUACUGAUGAAGGGACGCAGUUGUGAAAUGCGACAGAAUCUUGCACUCAGAGGACAGGCUGUACAGUCUUCUACAUAUGUUGCAUGGUCUAGUUUUGCGAUUGAUGGUUAUUCCACCAGUUGCACACACACCAAAACCGAGACGAACCCAUGGUGGAGGCUGGAACUGCCAAAUUCAUUCAGCAUUGGAAGAGUUGUGUUCAUUAACAGAAUCGACUGCUGUCCAGCACUAAUAGACGGAGCCCAGAUUCUCAUCGGAGACUCCCUGGUGAACAACGGCAGCAGCAACUCCAAAUGUGCGGAGAUUUCUGGUCUUUCAGCAGGUCAGUCUGUCUCGUAUUCAUGUGGUGGACUGCAAGGCCGUUAUGUGAUUGUGUUUGUUCCUGGAGACUUCAAGAAUCUGACUGUGUGUGAACUGAUGGUCUAUUCCACAGGUAACGUUCAGUUAAAUGGAUAUGCUGUUCAGUCAUCUAUAUAUGAAUACUGGCACGCCCAAAGCGGGAAUGAUGGAAUAAAAUUCGCACCAGGCCAGAAUUCAUUUUGCACCCAUACAAAGACAAACACGAACCCGUGGUGGAUUCUGGAUCUGCUGGACACUUACUACGUGGAUUUUGUUACCAUCACAAACAGAGCCGACUGCUGCGCCGAGAGAAUCAACGGAGCCGAGAUUCACAUCGGAAACUCAACAGAAAACAACACCUACAACAAUCCCAUAUGCGCUGUGAUUUCUAGUAUGCCAUUAGGAGCUUCUUACAGAUUCUCCUGUGCUGGUAUGGAGGGACGUUACGUGAGCGUGGUUCUACCUGGAGUUGACAGGCUUCUUGCGCUGUGUGAAGUUGAAGUCUAUCAGCAGUUGUGGGUGAGGAAAAACUCUGUGAAGUUAAAAUUAGUCUCCAGUUCUGAUCUGACUGGUCCAGAGAACGACAAACUCCUCUCUCAGCUGCAGUCUAGUCUGGAAGUAAGAGGAUUCACUAAACUCAAACUGUCCUGGAUUAAACCUCCCCAGCCAGAGGUGAAACGAGACCAGAAAGGUCAGUGUCUAACAAUACCAUAACCUGGAUCCACAAAUGCUCCACAGCGAUGCUCCAUGAAAGACGUGUGUAAUGUAUUUAAAUGUAUAUUUGAUGUCUCUUGUACAUAGUCGAGUUAUCUUUUAGGAGAAACUGACGUCAUCUCUAGUAAAAAAAAAAAAAAAAACUGGUUAGAAUAAAAGUAGCUUUAAGUCUUGUUAGAAAAAAGGAAUAUAUAUUUUUUCAUUAUUAUUGUCUCUUUUUCUUUUCAUUAAACAAUUAUUUGUGUUGGUCAUUUAAAGGUAACCCAACUUGAGCUCUGCAGAAACUUCCUGUCACAGAAUAUGUUCAAUUCAAUUCAAUU